UUAAUAAAAUGUUUUGUCAAAUUUAUUUAUAGCACAGACCCUCAAAUCCCUCAUCUCAUUAUGCUAGUUCUCAGGAUUACAUAGACAUUGUGGAUAGUGAAGAUGAAGAAUUGGAGAGGGCCAUCCAAGCUAGCAUGGUGGAAUUUGAACAGAAAAAAACUUCAGCUGCAAUAAACCAAUGUAAAACAGGAAUGGAUGAUGUAGCAGGAUUUUGGAAGCUAGUUGCAGCAAACUCUACACAGUUUAGAUCUCUGUUUUGUCACCAAUGUUUACCGUUAACCAAGGAAAAAUUUGAGUCCCUCCUCAAGAUAAAUUUUUCUGACGAGGGAUCAAACAAAAGAUCACAAGAGGAAGACACAGUAUAUUCCUGGGAGUUAUUCUUGCAGGAUGUUAGUGAUGGAAAUAUUCAAGCCACACUGGAAGAACUCCUCUCUUUCAUCACAGGAGCGGAUCAGGUCCCACCCACUGGGUUCCCAAAAUGCAUAGAUAUUAUAUUCUAUGCUAGUGAGAUCGGUGUGAAAAGAUUACCACAUGCCUCUACCUGUUCCUUAGAAUUUUACUUACCACGAGGUGUUAGUGAUCCAAACACAUUUAGAGACAUGAUGUUAAUGUCGUUGAAAGAGUCAAUGGGAUUUGAGAAAAUAUAAAUGUUCAGAAAGUCUUGGAUGCACAUUAUACACUACAGUCCAGGAAUAGUUAUACACAUGGAAGAUAGGCCUUGUAAAUUUAUACAAUGAAGUGAAUGUACACAUAAGCUGUUCUGUUAGCAUCAGCAGAAUAACUUUUACAUACCAAAAUUAAAAAUUAGCAGUUUCAACAAAGGUAGCACAUACAGCAAUUUUAAAUUUGUAUUGAGAACAAACUGCAGAAUGUUAUACUUGCAACAAUGUUUUUAAUUUGAACAACUUUCUUAAAUUACCAAGUCCAACUUACA